AUGGGGGCCCGGGACAACUCACUCACUACAUCAUCUGUGCUCUUCACACGAGACGUCGGGACCGCGAUCAGGAUGUCCUCCUCCGCCGAGGACGCAAAGACGCUCGGCAACAGGGCCUUCGCCAAGGGCAAGUACGCUGCGGCCGUCGAGGCGUACACCGAGGCCAUCAGCCUGAGUCCUCGGCCAGUCUACUACACGAAUCGCGCCAACGCCCACAUGAAGCGCGGCGCGUGGCGCGCGGCGGCGGACGACUGCGCGUCAGCGUUGGCGCUGGGCAGCGUGGCGACGCGCGAGCGGAUCAAGGCGCACUACUUCCUCGGCCGAGCGCACGUCGAGCUCGGGGAGUGGCAGUCGGGGAUCGAGGCGCUGGCGACCGCUCACGCGCUGUGCAAAGAGGAGACCUCCCUCGGCAGCGAGGAGGAGCGGGCGGCGGUGGUCGAGACGGCCACGCGCGCGGUGGGCUGGCUCGAGGAGACGCACGGCCUCCCGCGGCAGAGCCUGCCCGACUACCUCACCUGCCAGAUCUGCAUGGACUUGCUGCUCGACCCCGUCAUCACGCCGUGCGGCAUCACCUACGACCGCGCCUGCCUGCAGCGCCACCUCGAGGCGCGCGGGUCCUCUGGCUGCGACCCCGUCUCGGGCAAGCCCCUCUCGAUGAGUUCCGUCGUCCCGAAUCUCGCGCUGAGAGAGGUGCUCGACCGUUUUCUCGAGGAGCGGCCAUGGGCGUAUCAGUGCAUGGAGUGCUGACACGCCCCUAGGUCUAUGACACUGCUAUGAGCUAUGACAGAGCAGACACGACUCACGAGCGCAGCCGCAGGCGCCAGGCGGCAGGCGGAGGGCCCCCGCCGGAGGCGCGUCGUUCUGGUUCUCGAUUAUUUUGGGUAGAAUCGGCUAAUAUC